UGUCUAAUGAAUAUUAAUUACUUGGGGUAUAUUAAAGCUAGAGCCGGAUUGAGAUCUGCAGUAAUCGAUUGACCACUUCAUUAAGGUUUUGAGAUUGGAAAAAAGUCUUAUUUGCUCCUUCAGCGACGAUCAGUGUAUUAACCGGACUACUUUUCAGGUAUAAUCUCGGCCAUUUGCUGAUAGAUUUAGCAUACCCCUAAUAAUCUGUUCUAAAACGAAUAGAAUCUGCCUUAAAGUAGUCGUAAGAACCUUUUGUUAACGAAUAUUUUCAGAUUAGAUCAUAAACUUUAUAACAUAAUUAAGAAAGUUAUUGAUUUUACAGAAUAUUCUUGAGUUAACGUAAAAAAAAACUUUUUUUUUUUAUUUCAUACGGAUUGGGUGCAAAGAGCCCAAAAGAAUUUUUUAGCACUUUUCUCUUGUUUCAGUCAUUACGUUUAGAUUUAUAUUUGCGAAAAUGAAAGAAACAAAUCACUUGGCAUCUCAAGUUCUUAAAGAUUUAGGAUCGGACACGGAAAGAUUGGAAACGUUAAGUUCUAUAGCGGUUGGCAAUGAAACACAGCAAGGCGUCGAAGCUGCUUCUACAGCCAUAAUUACUCCAGACAAUGCAGAUUCUACGUCAAAGCAGAAGGAAAGUGGUAUGUUGGUGAGAUUAUUUAACGAAAUAAACAGUUUGACAGAAAAUUCAGAAAAAGAAAAUGGCGAAUCUGUCGAUGAGAACGGUAAUGUUCAAAAAUUAACCGAUGAAGCAGGUAAGGAGGAAAGCGCUUCGGAACUGCCGGAAGAAUCAUCUAGUACUACCAGUAAUACUACUACUACUACUAAUACUAAUACUACGAAUACUACUCGUGUACGACGACGAAAGCAAGAGCACCCGUUUAAGAGUCCAGAGAAAAAUGAUCCAAAUUUUCGAGGUGUUCAUUUCUACAUGCAGAACCAUCUAACAAAGGACAGAACUGGAAUUGAAUUUUGCAUAGGGGGACGAUUCGAUUGCAGGCGACCUGGAAAAAGACGUCAAAGUGAGGUUAUAGGGGCGAAGUGUUUAAUAGUAGGAUCGUACGAGUAUCUAGAGAGAAAGCGGAAAUCAAGGCGUUUGAAUCGAAAAUCAUUUGUGAAGGAAUGCGCAUCUUGUCGGUCGAGGAAAACGCCUUUAUGGAGAGAUGUCGAGUCGGUACCAUUAUGCAACGCUUGCGGUAUUAGAUUCAAGAAAUACAAGUUACGAUGCGAAAACUGCUGGUCCGUUCCACGCAAGGAGAAAUCUAGAUUUCCGUGCGAGCAAUGUGGCGGAUCUAUUCAAGAUUACAACUAAAUAUCUAUGCAUUUUUGUCAAGGGAAUCGAAAUUGUGCCAUCCUCCUGGUGCCGGCUUCGAC